UGACACGUAUACAGUGACGUCACACUCGGCUCUGUGACGCUCUCUAACCGGUGGAAAGGCAAACCGGUUCUUAGAAGGUUCGCCAGUGGAACCAACUUUGAACCAGCACCAGCACUAGCUCUGAACCAGCACCCGGUUCUUUUUGGUGGAAAUGGGGCAUAAGUGAUACAGUGACAAUUUAAACAUCAGAAGACUUCCGGUUCCCCAGUUGUUUGUAAAACCAUGGAUGAUUCAUCCGCCCUGAAACAGGUUUUAUAAUGUACUGGUAUAAAGCUGCACGUAGUGAAGUAUUCUAAUUCAUAUCCACGUAUGUUAGCAAAAUAUUUUAGAUACUGUACCUAGAACAAAUUUCAGUAUACUGCUUUUUUAUUAAUUCACUCAUAUUAAAUGAAUUCCGGACUUUUAUUAUGAAAUACAGCGCGGCCAUAUUUGUAUUUUUAAACGUCUUUUUACUUUUGCUAACCUUACAGUAGCGUUAUGCUAGCUGAAAAAAGCCGGUAUUUAGAUACUUAUCAAUGAGUGGAUGAUACAGUUAUAACAGAGAGAAUGUAUUUUAUCGUGUGAGGUAUGAAAGAUAAAAGUGCAGCUUUAUACCGGGCAGAAGAGGAAUAUCAGGCCGAGUUGAGGGCAGUUUUAACGGCUGCAGUAAGGCGAUGGCUGCUGGAUGCUGCAGGCUCUGUGUGUCUCUUUGGUCUGUGUGUUUUCUGCUCGUCUACACACACUGUCACACAUGUAGUCACAAAGUGCCCUUGUCCUCAGAGGUAAUACAUGAUGUCUACCUGAGAUCACCAAGGCUGACAAAAAGAAGCACUGAAAAGCAGUUAAAGAUACAAAUAUUUUAUGACUCCAGCUUGGAUGUGUUAGAUGAGGACAAGAGCAGUCUUGUAAAGGACAAACUCUUCCCACAAGCCAUUAAUUAUCUCCAGAUGGCUUUCAGGGUGCGUAGAGAGACAGGUCCUGUUUUAUUAAGCAGACAAUGUGCAACAAAUCAAUAUCUGCGAAAAAAAGACGAACCUCAUCGCUAUUGCCAAGAAGCUUGUGCAAAUAUCACAAAAUGUGGACCAGUCAUUGUGCCUGAGCAACAUUUACAGCAAUGCAGAGUGUGCAGCGAGACCGGGAAGUCAUGUGGCCCAAACGGAUCUCCAGAUGGUCAGGGUGUUGAAGGGGCAGAUUUUGUGUUGUAUGUGAGUGGGGUAACCACAGAGCGUUGUGGCCAAGAAAACAUCGUGGCCUAUGCAGCAUACUGCCAGUUGGAGGCCGAACUAGACAGGCCCAUUGCUGGAUAUGCCAAUUUGUGUCCAAAUAUGAUCUCAACUCAGCCUCAGGAGUUCGAGGGCAUGCUCUCCACGGUCAAGCACGAGAUUAUGCAUGCCUUGGGUUUUUCAGCUGGGCUCUUUGCAUUUUACCAUGAUGAUGCCGGAAAACCUCUGACUCCACGCUUUGCAAGUGGCUUACCAGCAUUUAAUGAAAGUUUGGGCCUAUAUCAGUGGAGUGAUAAAGUCAUAAAGAGAGCGACACGAUUGUGGGACAUCCACGGAGGUCACAUGAUCCGACAUGAGGUCCACCUGAUGGUUACUCCACGAGUUGUAAAAGAAGCUCGAAGACAUUUCAACUGCCCUAUUCUCGAGGGUAUGGAGCUGGAAAAUCAAGGGGGCAUGGGCACAGAGCUAAACCACUGGGAGAAACGCUUACUAGAGAAUGAAGCCAUGACUGGAUCUCAUACACAGAACAGAGUUUUUUCCAGGAUUACUCUGGCUAUAAUGGAAGAUACUGGGUGGUACAGAGCCAAUUACAGCAUGGCAGAAAACUUGGAAUGGGGCAAAGGUUUGGGUUGUGACUUUGUGAUGAAAAGCUGCAAAUUCUGGAUUGACCAGCAACGCAAGACGAGGCCAAAGUUGACCCCAUACUGUGACUCCGUGCGAGGUGUGCCUCUACAGCUCUCCUGCAGGCAGGACCAGCUGGCAGUGGCUGUGUGUAACCUGCAGAAGUAUCCUCAGCCUCUGCCUCAAGAAUAUCAGUAUUUUGACAGUAUACCUGGAGUGGCUACAAAGGAUUUGCCUUUUUAUGGAGGUUCAGUGGAGAUUGCAGAUUUUUGCCCCUUCAGUCAGGAGUUCAGCUGGCAUCUGAACGGAGAGUACCAGCGCAGUUCCUUCUGCAGAAUUAAGGAAAACCAGCCAGACUCCUUUAGGAAUUACGCGGCCGAAGAAUAUGGUCCUGACUCUGUUUGUCUGUAUCAGAAGUCAGCUUUUGUCAUGGAGCAGUGCGAUAAACGCUUUACUUACCCAGACUGGGGAAGUGGAUGCUAUAAGACAUCAUGCUCGGCAGAAGGUUUAAAGGUAUGGGUGCAGGAUCAGAGCUUUCUGUGUGUACAUGCUGGCCAGGUGCUUAGUGUGAAUGUGAGGAUGAAUGAGUGGGUGUACAGCGGGCAGCUGAUCUGCCCUGCCUGCUCAAACUUCUGCAGCAACUGCCCUCUUCCUCAUGAGCUCCCACCAAUCAACACUACUCGCACUGUUCGCAUAGAUCCUUGCUCCAGCUCUUCUGGCAUGGUGGUGACAUUGUGGCGGCUCCUGUACAACCUCAUUCCUUUGCUGGCGGGCUUCAUGCUGUGUGUAAGGAAUUAAAAGGCGGUGCUCAGAGUUAUUGUAUUGGUGUACACUGUCAUCUUUCCUGUGAACAAGAAGGCCAUAGUCAAAGUCGGUUGGAAAAAGCCAUUGACUGCACUUUUCUGUCUUGAUAUGAAGUGCCAGUCAGAGGUAUUUGAGAACAGAAGCCAUAGUCGUGCAAGUAGGCGAGCAGCAGGUGAAAAAAUGCUGGUGCUAAUCUGUGUCGUCUUCUACAUAUCUUCGGUGGACAGUGGAAUCAACAAAGGUGUUCUUUUUUAAAUGCCAGUGCUUAUUGGAUGUGGAUCAGUGAAUGUGAAUGUGUGUGGUGUGUCUAUAAGUGGCUCUGACAAAUCUAGGAGAAACCUCCUAAAGCUAAAAGGUCCAACCUCUUCAUUUUAAUGGUAAUGUUUGUAUUGGCAUGUACUGUAAGAAAGGAAAGAAACUACAAGUAGCUCAUAAUUUCACUUUUUAUAGAUAUAUUUACUAUGAAGUUUUGUAUUUAUUUGAGUAAACAGUGUUUUAAAUUGUCAUAAGCUUUUAAAUUGUACAUUUUAAUUAAGCAAUGAUUGUUGAACUGGUUUCUUAUAACAAGCAAUGCACUAAUUUGAAACACUUUAUAGGUGCACUAGGCCGGUUUUACAGUGUAAUCCUGUUAGUCAUGUUGGUUAUUCUCCCCAGUUAGUAAAUAUGACUUUGGAUUUUUUUGUAUCUUGAAUGUCUGUGAUUAUUGUCACUUUAAUUUAAAAAGUUGCAUUGUCAUUAUAUUUCAACAUUUAUGUUCUGUUUUUGUAUAUAAUCCUAUAGUAUGCUUAUUACUUGAACGACUGCCAGAUAUCUGAUAUUGGGUAAAGACAAAACACUGUGCAAAAGCAUUUACUAAUCUGUAGAAAUUUUAGAUUGUAAUUUAUCAAUUGUUUCACUGAAAAUCUGCAAUUCUUUUCUAUGUUAAUACUACAAAAGCAUUUAUAGUUCAGCUUGCACAUAUAACAUUCAGGGGUAAACAGCAUGUUAGUGCUGAAGAAGAGAAUAUAAGCAUCAUUAGCCUUUAUCUUGCAUUUCUAAUACGUUUAUUCAUUUGGAUUUCAAUUCAUUUCACUCAUUCAAUCUGAAGUCUGUUGUAUCAUUUAUAUAAUUUAAUUAACAUAUUAAAUAGAAUUAAUUUUUGUGUAGCUAAUAACACAUUUUAGUUAAUUAAAAGUUUGUUACCCUAAUAGAAGAUCAAAUGUGGCAGCUUGCACUAAUCAGUUAUUAACAUAUUGUUAUUACACGACAUAUUGUGCUAUGAUUUAGCAUAAUGUGUGUUAAAGCAUCAAUAACUUAUUUUGCUGACAUUUUUUAAUUAAUUCCUGUGCUGGGGGUUUAUUUGAAUACAAACAUACAAAUGUUUUUAUUGCUUUAUGAAUAAUUACAAAAUAGAUCCAGCUCCAUUUAAACUGAUAACAAAGUGUUUUUAUGUAAAUGCAGUAUAAAUGUUUUUUAAAAUGUGCAGUUUAUGCACCAAUAUCUAACUGAACAAGCCUUAUAACUCCCCAAAGUCUAUUUCUACUGAAGCCAGGGAAAGGAGCUUAUAAUGUACCAGAACACACUUUCCAUAAUUUAUUUCUAUUUGAAGGUGGCAUGGAAUCAGGGUCUCUGUCACUGCAUGUGUCUUUCAUUUCACAUUUGGACUGAAAAGCUGUUUUCCAUUACAUGUUUAAAGGGAGUUACACUUGUUAACAUGAGAGACGAUAUCACACAGAUGCUGAGGUGGCUCUGAUGUAAACUGAUGAUAUGUUGUAUCUGAUUAAAUUUGUACACAUUGUUAAGAGUCAAUAGAAGACUUCAGUUAACUUACAUUAUAUUACAUUUACAUUACAGUUACAUUAAAUAAUGGUUUUAUCUAUAAACAAAAAAAAACAUUCAUGUCAUGCAACACCUGCAAGAUAUUUAAAUGCCGGCUUGCUGCUAUUGCUUUAUUUAUAUUUUGUUUCAUAGACUUUAAUUAUUAGUUAUUAUUAAUGUGAAUUUUUUUUUUUUGCAAACAUACAAGAUUUUCUUUUUGCCAUAUCCGUACUCCACUGUUUUAAUUCAAAUGUAUUUUUGAAUUAAAAUCAGAUUUAAUUGAUUUUAGAUUAUUUUCCUGUAUCUAUAUCGUAGAAAUCCAGAGUACGUACUGGAUGUGGAAACAUCUUUCGGUGUGUGGCUUAAUCAUAGUCAGAUAUAUCCACCACUACCUCAUAAUCAGUUAAUUUUGUGUUACAUUGCAGUGGAGAUUUUUUUAAAUAGGUAAUAAGUAAUCAUUCGAAUUCAGAUAAAUGAACAAGGACAAAGCGUUUAUAGGGAAAGUGAGACACAUUUGUGAUCGACCAAAGACAAUUCUAUGCAUAGCGCUUAAUGAUUCUCACACAAGUGAGUCUUUUUUUUUUCCAUGUACAAAACUUGCAUUUGCAUUUCUUCCCAACUUGUUUUCCACACUGUAUAUUAAUGCUAACUGUAGAACAAAUUACACUGUAUUUCUCAUUUUUGUUUUCUUGAAUAAACAUUUAAUGUUAUAUUGCAAA